AUGAAAUUUUUACAUUUGCAGACUGAAGAACCGGAUGAUUGGUUAAGGUUUGGAAAUCCAUGGGAAAAAGCAAGGCCUGAAUAUAUGAUUCCCGUUAACUUUUACGGAAAAGUUAUUGAUACUCCUACGGGAAGAAAAUGGAUAGAUACUCAGGUUAUAUUUGCCAUGCCUUACGACAGUCCAGUGCCAGGAUAUGACAACAACGUCGUCAAUACUUUAAGAUUAUGGUCAGCUAAAAGUCCGAUUAGUUUUAAUCUUAAAUUUUUUAAUGACGGAGAUUAUAUUCAAGCUGUCAUUGAUAGAAAUUUAGCCGAAAACAUUUCAAGAGUUUUAUAUCCUAACGAUAAUUUUUUUCAAGGAAAAGAAUUAAGAUUGAAGCAAGAAUAUUUUAUGUGUGCAGCCACUUUACAGGAUAUAAUUCGGAGAUUUAAGUCUUCCAAGUUUGGAUGUAAACAAGCAGUCAGAACUUCUUUUGAAUCUUUUCCCGAAAAAGUUGCUAUUCAGUUAAACGAUACACAUCCGUCUCUGGCUAUUCCAGAAUUAAUGAGAAUUUUGGUCGAUGUGGAAGGAUUACCUUGGGAUAAGGCCUGGAACAUCACCGUUAAAACUUGCGCCUACACGAAUCAUACCGUUUUACCGGAGGCUUUGGAAAGGUGGUCUUGUUCAAUGUUAGAAUUUAUAUUACCGAGACAUUUGGAAAUAAUUUAUCACAUAAAUCAUUUACACCUCGAGGAAGUGCGCAAAAGAUUUCCCAACGACAUGGAUAAAGUUAGAAGAAUGUCAUUGGUAGAGGAAGAAGGUGAAAAACGUAUCAAUAUGGCACAUCUUUCUAUCGUGGGUUCUCACACGAUUAAUGGCGUGGCUAGAAUUCAUUCGGAAAUACUCAAAAGAGACAUAUUUAAAGAUUUUUACGAGAUGACGCCGGAAAAAUUUCAAAAUAAAACCAACGGUAUUACUCCGAGAAGAUGGUUACUACUUUGUAAUCCAUCUCUUGCGGAUCUUAUUGCAGAAAAAAUCGGAAACGAAUGGCCCGUUCAUUUGCAUCAAUUAAAACAACUUCGGACAUUUGCAAAAGAUCCAGUUUUUCAAAACAGUAUUAGAUUAGUCAAACAAGAAAACAAAUUGAAAUUAGUUAGCUUGUUAGAAAAAGAAUACGAUAUAAAAAUUAAUCCGUCCAGUAUGUUUGACAUUCAGGUCAAAAGAAUUCACGAAUACAAAAGACAAUUGUUGAAUUGCCUCCAUAUUAUCACAUUGUACAAUAGAAUAAAAAAAAAUCCGAGCAUCGAAAUUGCUCCGAGAACAAUCAUGAUCGGUGGAAAGGCUGCUCCCGGUUAUUACACCGCGAAACAAAUAAUCAAAUUGAUUUGCACCGUAUCGAAAGUAAUCAACAGCGAUCCCGUCGUUGGAGAUAAAUUAAAAGUUAUUUUCUUGGAAAAUUAUAGAGUUACUUUGGCUGAAAAAAUAAUACCCGCUGCGGAUUUAAGCGAACAAAUAUCUACUGCCGGCACGGAAGCUUCCGGAACCGGAAAUAUGAAAUUCAUGUUAAAUGGAGCUCUUACGAUAGGAACAAUGGAUGGAGCAAAUGUCGAAAUGGCUGAAGAAAUGGGAGAAGAAAACAUAUUUAUUUUUGGUAUGAGAGUUGACGACGUUGAAAAUUUAAAGAAAGAGGGAUACGACGCAUACAAAUAUUACAAUUCAAAUCCUGAACUUAAACAAUGCAUCGAUCAAAUACAAAUGGGUUUUUUCAAUCCGGAAAAUCCUAACGAGUUUCAACAGUUGGCGGAUAUCCUAUUAAAAUACGAUCGAUUUUUUUCCCUUGCGGAUUACGAAGAUUAUAUUAAAUGUCAAGACGAAGUCGGUAAAACUUACAUGAAUCAAGAAAAAUGGUUGGAAAUGGCUAUAAAUAACAUUGCAUCAUCCGGAAAAUUUUCUUCGGAUAGAACGAUCGAAGAAUACGCUAGGGAAAUUUGGAAAGUCGAACCGAGUUAUGAAAAAUUACCACCUCCCCACGAAACAAAAGAUAAAUAA